UGUUAUGUGUGGAAUACACUCAUUGCUUCAAAACUUCCCUGCUACACUGAAGUCCCAGGGUAGGAAACAAUGUGCAGUUGCUUCUGUGGGGGUUUCUUUUUGUUUCUUAAAGCAUGUCAUGUUAUUGUAGAUACUUCAUUUGAACCUUCUGUUGCACUGGCAAGUCUUGUGCAGCAUAUACCAUUACAGAUGAUUACAGUACUCAUCAGGAGCCUUACUACAGAUCCAAACGUGAAAGAUGCAAGCAUGACUCAAGCUCUGUGCAGAAUGAUUGACUGGUUGUCCUGGCCUCUGGCUCAGCAUGUGGAAACAUGGGUGAUUGCACUGCUGAAAGGACUAGCCGCAGUCCAGAAAUUUACCAUCCUCAUUGAUGUCACUCUGCUUAAGAUUGAAUUGGUCUUUAAUCGACUUUGGUUUCCUCUAGUGAGGCCUGGUGCCCUUGCUGUCCUUUCGCACAUGUUACUUAGUUUCCAGCAUUCUCCAGAGGCUUUUCAUUUGAUUGUCCCACAUGUGGUUGGUUUGGUUCACUCCUUCAAAAGAGAUGGGUUACCUUCCAGUACAGCUUUUUUGAUGCAGCUGACUGAGUUGAUUCACUGUAUGAUGUAUCAUUAUUCAGGAUUUCCAGAGCUCUAUGAACCCAUUCUGGAAGCUAUUAAGGAACUGCCCAAACCCAAUGAAGAGAAGAUUAAGUUGAUUCUCAGUCAAAGUGCCUGGACUUCUCAAUCCAGUUCUUUGCCAUCUUGUUUGUCUAGACUUUCUGGAAAAUCUGAAACUGGGAAGACUGGCCUAAUUAAUCUAGGAAAUACUUGUUACAUGAACAGUGUUAUUCAGGCACUUUUUAUGGCUACAGAUUUCAGGAGACACGUUUUAUCUCUGAAUCUAAAUGGAUGCAAUUCACUAAUGAGAAAGUUACAGCAUCUUUUUGCAUUUUUGGCUCAUACCCAGAGGGAGGCAUAUGCUCCUAGAAUUUUCUUUGAGGCGUCCAGACCACCGUGGUUUACUCCUCGAUCUCAGCAGGAUUGCUCAGAAUAUCUCCGGUUCCUGCUAGACAGGCUGCAUGAAGAAGAGAGAACCUUGAGAGCAUUGUCAUCAGCAAAGACUGCUGAAAGUGUAAUGAAUCAAGAGUCCCAGACACCAGAAAUUGUCUAUAAAGCCCAGCUGUUUGCUGAAGCACCUUGUACAGGAAGUGAAGAGAGAACUUUGAUAGAGAAAAUGUUUGGAGGAAAACUCAAGACUAGUAUUUGCUGUUUAAACUGCAAAAGUACUUCUCAAAAGGAAGAAGCUUUCACAGAUCUCUCUCUGGCUUUCUGUCCUCCAACUUCCUUGCAGAAUCUUGGCCCAAAAUGUAUGGAACAUUCUGAAAUGAAAGACGAUUAUGUGGUGCAAAGUAGUAUUUUAGCAUCCAGUGCUGCUGAAGAAACAGCUCUUGGUAAUUUGGAAGUAAAUGGUGGAUGUGACACAAUUAUGAAUGAAGGAACCAUAAACAAUUUUUCUACUGAGCCAAACUCUGAGAAUACUACAAAUUCUGAACUCAACAAAGUGCAAGAUAAUAGGGAUAUAUCUCAGAGACUAGUAGGUAAAAAUACUCCAUCAGUCACAGACUUACUGAAUUAUUUUCUGGCACCCGAGAUCCUCAGUGGAGACAACAAGUAUUAUUGUGAAAAGUGUGCCUCUCUACAGAACGCUGAGAAAACUAUGCAAAUCAUUGAGGAACCUGAAUACCUCAUUCUCACUCUUCUGAGAUUUUCCUAUGAUCCAAAGUGUCAUAUAAGGCGCAAAAUUUUGGACAAUGUGUCUCUGCCACUUGUUUUGGAACUGCCAGUCAAAAGAGCAACAUCCCCUCUGGCUGUAGUUUCAGGAGCUUGGUCUGUUGAUGUUGAGAUUUCUGAUAUUGGAGAAAAUCUUGCUAAAAAACUGAAGCCCUCAGGUGCUGAUGAAGUGACCUGCCCACAGCUGGUGCCCUACAUGUUAAGCUCUGUGGUAGUGCACUCUGGUGUAUCCUCUGAAAGUGGACAUUACUAUUCUUAUGCUAGAAAUGUAACUGGUUCAGGGCCCUCAGGACUUUGCCCCCAGUCUAAAGCUCUGUCUUUAGUUUCUCCGCAGAAUAACUUGUUGGCAGAGGAGAGUCCUUGUACUGUUGUAGAAAAUGAGUUAGACACUGAGAUGCCAAAAGAAUGGUUUCUGUUCAAUGACAGCAGAGUGACAUUUACCUCAUUUCAGUCAGUCCAGAAAAUUACCAGUAGAUUUCCAAAGGAUACUGCUUAUGUUCUGUUUUACAAAAAACAGAGUAACACCUGUGGCUUCAGCACCAAUUCAGCAAACGGACUCUGGGUGAAUGGAGACCCUCCCCUACAAAAAGAUCUCAUGGAUGCAAUUACAAAAGAUAACAAACUAUACUUGCAGGAGCAAGAGCUUAGUGCUCGAACACAGGCACUUCAAGCUGCCUCAGCCUCAUGCUCUUUCCGACCCAAUGGAUUUGAUGACAACGAUCCCCCGGGAAGUUGUGGGCCGACAGGUGGAGGGGGCGGCGGGGGGUUCAGUACUGUUGGUAGAUUGGUCUUUUGACUCUGAAGACAACCUGGAAUACACUGGUUCCGAAGCAGCUUGUUACUGCUGAGGACAAUUAAAAUAUUGAACUUUGUCAAAUAUUGUACCAUGUUUUGAGACUUGAUCCUUGUUCAAUAACAAAUGUUGGGGGGGUUGGAUUUUUUUGUUUUAUUUGAAAUAAAUAAGUGCAUCAUGGAAAAAAACUA